ACCACGAUCCGUUCCGUGUUAAGUCAAAUAUGACGAAAACUGGGGCGGGGUUCGCCGGGACCCGAAAUCUGGCGUCUCGGUUGACGGGUUGAUUCGGACAUGACGACAGCGCUUCUCGCGAGACGUUUCCGCAUUCCCGAGCCCCGAACGGCGAGCGUUCACACGGGAACCCAUCCGAGACCAACGCACCUCCCGCCGGUUGUGUCUUAUCAGGUGCAGACGCGGUGGAUGAUCAUGCGCCACUUGUGGUUAAAUAUAAACUGACCGUCCGCCGACAAAGAAGAAGCAAGAAAGAACCCGCGUGAAGUGAGUCAGCAUGGCCGUGUUCAAGCCCGAGAACGUGGAGGACUUCUACGAGAUUGGGGAGGUACUGGGAAGCGGCCACUUCGGCGAAGUCCGGCGGGUCCGCGAGUUGGCAACGGGUACGUACUGGGCGGGCAAGUUCGUGAAGCUGCGCAAGAACCCGUGCAGCCUGCUGGGCCUGGAGCGGAGCCGCGUGGAGCAGGAGGUGGAGGUGAUCCAGGCCCUGCAGCACCCCAACAUCGUCGCCCUCAAAGACGUCUUCGAGAGCCGCUCGGAGGUGGUGCUUAUCCUGGAACUCGUGAGCGGCGGCGAGCUGUUCGACUUCAUCGCCGAGAAGGAGAUGCUGACGGAGGACGAGGCCAUCCGGUUCAUGGAGCAGAUCCUGGCCGGGUUGGGCUUCAUGCACGGCAAGAACGUGGCCCACUUCGACCUCAAGCCAGAAAACAUCAUGCUGUCGGAAAAGGACUCGCCGCACCCCAGCAUCAAACUCAUCGACUUUGGCCUCGCGCACCGUUUUGGGCCCGGCGAGGAGUACCAGAGCACGAGCGGUACCCCGCAGUACAUCGCCCCCGAAGUGGUCAACGGCGAAGCCCUGAGCACGGCGGCAGACAUGUGGAGCAUCGGCGUCAUCACGUACAUACUCUUGAGCGGCAUGUCGCCGUUCCAGGGCGACACGGACGAAGACACGCUGAGGAACGUCCUGGCCGUGGACUACGAGUUUGACCCGCAUUGCUUCGGCACCACCAGCUGCACGGCCAAAGACUUCAUCCAGAACCUCCUGGUCAAGAAUCCCAGAGACAGACUGACGGCCGAGCAGUGUCUGCUCCACCCGUGGAUCAAGCCACUGACGCGCAAACAGAAGGCCAACAGGAAUCGCUCAUCCAUCAAUAUGAAGAACUUCAAGAAGUUCAACGCCAGACGCAAGUGGAAGAUGUCCUACAACAUGGUCUGGGUGUGCAACCGUCUGGUCCGCUUAAAACUGUUGUGUAAAGGCAGCUCUGAUGCACCGGAGAGACAAUGUGAAAGCGACACGGAGGACACGGACAGCAAACCCGCGUCGCUGCUGAGGAGACGACUCAGCAGCAGUUCAUAGAGUCGGCCACAGCCUUCUCGGCCUCCUCCAGCUUCUGCAGCGCGGUGGCCAGCCUCUCCUGAGCUCGGUCCAGUUCUUCCUCCACCAGCUGGAUGCGCCUGUUCAGGGAGGCCACCUCCGCCUCAGCCUGCGCCCACGCACAAAUUGCAC